GUGUCGCUGACUGAUCCACAGCAUCCGAGCAACAUGGCAGCGUGCAGUGCGGAGGAGCUGCUGGCCCGGGCGGAGCGGGACGAGGCGGAGAAGCUGCGGAGCAUCACGGUCCACAAGGAGCUGGACCUGGAGUUCGACGUCGGGAACCUGCUGGCCUGCGACAAGAACCGGGUGGAGUCCAGGGACUUCAGGGCCCAGAAGAAAGAGGACUUCCUGCUGUCGCUGGCCCGGGACAACACGCAGCUCCUCAUCAACGAGCUAUGGAAGCAGCCCACGGAGCGGGUGGAGGAGGCGAUCGUGGCCAAGCUGCCGGUGCCGGCCACACCGCUGCCCCGGGAGAAGCCGCCCCCGAAGGCCCGACCCCCGACCAAGUGGGAGCAGUUCGCCAAGCUGAAGGGGAUCCAGAAGAAGAAGAAGACCAACCUGGUGUGGGACGAGAACGCCAAGGACUGGAGGCGGCGCUGGGGCCACAAGAGGGCCAACGAUGACACCAAGGACUGGCUGAUCGAGGUGCCGGUGACCGCGGACCCCAACGAGGACCAGUUCGCCAAGCGGGUCAAGGCCAAGAAGGAGCGGGUGGCCAAGAACGAGCUCAACCGGCUGAGGAACAUCGCCCGGUCGCAGAAGCUCAAGGUGCCCGGCGUGGGUCUGACCCCCAAAGUCUCGCAGAACAAGGACGAGCUGUCCCGGGCCGUCAGCGUGGCCAGGACCUCCACGGCCUCCGUAGGCCAGUUCCAGGACCGGCUGCCCAAGGAGAAGGCGCCGAAGAACACCGGCAAGAGGAGGAAGUUCGAGGCUCUCAUCGGCGACUUCGGCGGCGAGAGGAAGAAGCAGCUGGAGCUCCUGAGGGUCCUGGGCACCAAGUCACCGCAGCUGAACAUCACCAAGGCCGUGAACAAGCAGAUGAGGGAGGAGGACCGGGAGGAGGCCGCCAAGAGCAGGAAGAUGGCCGGGAAGAAGGGACGCAAGGGGCAGCAGUCAGGGAAGGGUGGGAAAGGCAAGGGAGGAAUGGGAGGAAAAGGCAAGGGAGGAAUGGGAGGUAAAGGAAAGGGAGGAAUGGGAGGUAAAGGAAAGGGAGGAAUGGGUGGAAUGGGAGGUAAAGGUGGUGGAGGAGGGAAGAGGAGAUCUAAACCUGGGAAGCAUUGAGGACUCUCGCCUCCUGUGUCUCCUGGCUGUGCCUUGGCAUCAACACAUCCUUGAUGCAACAUUCAAAUGACUGAUGAUGAUGAAGAGGAGGGUGAUGUUGUGACUGUGCAGGAUGUAUGUGGAUCUUCCACCUCAUAUUAAUGUUUAAAAAAAAAAAAAUAAAUAAGUCUCUGUAAAUAAAAAUCCCAUG